AUGCGCUCCAUCAUCACCCUCCUCGUCGUCGCCAUGGCGGGCCAGACCCUGGCAGCCGCCACGGGCGGCCUCAGGGUCAGCAAGAAUGCAAAGUGCGGGAGCGAGCACAGGAGGACCUGCCUGGGGUCCGAGUUUGGCGACUGCUGCAGCGUCAACGGCUGGUGUGGAUCGGACGACUCGUACUGCGGAACGGGCUGCCAGCCCGGCUUUGGCGACUGCUCGCCCGCACAGGCGUCGUCGACGCAGCCGGGCCCGACCGACACGGUGUCUGUGCCCGGCCCGUCGUCGUCGUCGUCGUCGCUGACGGUCAGCCAGGACGCCACCUGCGGCGACGGCGUCACCUGCGAGGGCUCGGCGUUUGGCAACUGCUGCAGCAUCAAUGGCUGGUGUGGAUCGGACGACUCGUACUGCGGAAUGGGCUGCCAGGCAGGCUUUGGCACAUGCGGCGGUUCCGACAACAGCAGCAGUAGCCCAUCAGGCACCGCCUCCCCCCCGGCGCCGUCGGGCGGCUCAGCCAGCGCCGUCAUCGGCACCGCCACCAGCACCGUCGCCAGCACACUGUCGACAACAACCCCCGAGCCGACCUGCGCGGUCGACAGCGCGUGCACCGUGGACCUCGCGGAGCUGCAGACGAGCAAGGAGCUCAACACGCCGUGCGGCGGCGCGGCCAACAAAAAGGGCGCCUGCAUCUGCUCCGUCUCGGAGGAGGUGGUGCACGGCAACGUAACCCAGGUCCCGGGCCACUGCGCCACCUGCGCCGACGACCUGGCCAUGUGCAUCUGGGGCAGCGACUGCUGCAGCAACCGCUGCAUCUCUGCUGCGGUCGGCGUCGUCUACGGUUAUUGUCACUAG